CUUUUUCCAAAGGUCUUUGGAUACCUUGACUCUGUGAAGGCAGGUGAUGUAAAGGGAAAGGCCAUUGACAAUGGAGCAUCUGAAUGGGUGUUAAUUUCAAAAGAGAACCGCAGACUGAGUGUCGCACCUGAGCCAUUCCCGAACGGCAAACAUCUUGAAUGGUACAAAGGCAGAGAUAAUGCCCCUCUUCAACAGACAAAUAUUUUUAUCGGU